AUGGAUAUCGAUAAACUGUUCAAGAUGCCCAAGCUGCCAGCUGGUGGCAAUAAGAGGCGAAUGCCCGACAACCCUACCCCCGAGAUGCUCAAACGGAUGCGAAUGGACACCGAGGAAUCUGAACCGUCUGCGUCCGUUGAAACUGUUAACGGCUCGACGUCGCGCGGUAAAGGCAAAUCACGGGCAGUCACCGUACAAGACGAGAGCGAGGAGGGUCAAGACUCCAUGGAAGUCGACUUCGCGCCUGGUGGAGACGCCGACUAUUUCGUGGAGGAGGACGAUGAGGGCCGUUUCUUUGGUGGAGGAUUGACGCAGGAGCAAAAGGAGAUCUUGAACAUAUUUGACCAGGCAGGCGGUGAGGAAGCACGAGAAGACUUGGACGAGAUGAGCGCUGUCACCGUUCGACGGUUAUUGACGCGUUUCGAACGCGCUGCCAACAAGAACCAGGACCAGCGGUCAAAACAUCCUGACGACCCUACGAAAUUCAUUGACUCUGAAGCAGACCUUGAUGCUGCUCUCAAGGCCCUCCUACCACUCGCACAGUCUCCCGCCCUAGCCUACCCAGAGAUCAUCCGUUCUGGAGCGGUGGAACGAUUGAUCGGACUACUCAGUCAUGAAAACGUGGACAUUGUCAUCGACGUCGUCGAGGUCAUCCACGAAUUCACAGACGAGGACGUUGGGAACGAAGGGGACGAUGAGGAGGAGGAAGGCGAAGGGAGCCGCGAGGACGCGCUCAAGCAACUCAUCCAAGGCUUCCUUGACAACGCAAUCCUGGAACUCUUGGUGGACAAUCUGAGUCGUUUCAACGAGGAGGAGGAAUCUGACAGACAAGGUGUAUUCCAUGUUUUGGGUAUCUUUGAAAAUCUACUCGGUUUCAAUGCGGACUUGUCCGUACAACUCGUGGCGAAAACGAAGAUUCUGUCUUGGCUACUAAAGCGCACAGAGUCUACCAAGCGCGAUGAGAACAGGGGCUACGCAGCCGAAAUUCUCUCCAUAGUGUUACAAAACAACAGAGCGAACCGCAUAGAACUAGGAAAGCAAGACGGUGUUGAAAGUCUUCUCAAAGUUCUUUCACGCUAUCGCAAAAAGGACCCCGUCGAUGCUGACGAAACGGAAUUCAUGGAGAACGUAUUUGACGUCCUCUGCUCCGCCCUUGGCGAACCCGAGAUCAAACAGCAGUUCCUGGACUCGGAGGGUGUAGACCUCAUGGUGCUCAUGAUGAAGGACAAGAUGCAGUCUCGUUCAAGGGCUAUCAAGGUCUUGGACUACGCCAUGUCAGGGCCUGCGGGCACGGCUGCGUGUGAGACCUUCGUUGACGCGCUGGGCCUCAAGAACCUCUUCUCGACAUUCAUGGGCGGCAAGAAGCAAAAAGUCACCGAUGGCCAUGCAGCGUCUGAAGAUACCGCACAUACACUGGGUAUCGUCUCCUCAUUGCUUUCCAACCUGGCCUCCGACUCCCCAGCUCGCAUUCGUCUGUUGACCAAGUUCGUCGAGAACAACUACGAGAAGCCGGAGAAACUGCUUGAGAUUCGAGACGCUGCCCAAGCACGACUAAAAGCGAUGGAGAAGGAGAUUGAAGAUGAGAAGAAGCGAAUGGAGGCUGACGGUGAAGAGAUCGACUCUGAAAUGGGUGACCUCUGGUAUUUGCGUCGUUUGGAUAAUGGCCUGUUCACCCUCCAGACGGUCGACUAUAUUCUCGCCUGGAUUGUCAUGGAGGACGACGGGGUUCGAACGCAUGUCCAAAAGCUCCUGGACCGAAAGAGCCAGUCUUUCAAGGACAUUGUCAAGAUUCUACAGAUCUACCACGACAACGUCGACGAGGACAAGACCACUUCAGAGGGCGACCCCGAUGGCGCGCCGUCACAACGCGAGAUUCUGCGCAACCUCAUCGCCUUCCUCGAAGCCUGCUGA